GUGGUGGAUCGUAAUCUACAAAGGCCUGUUCGGAAAGGUACCAGUGACAUUGAGCCUACCAGACCUUCCACAAGUGAUGCCUCACCUAGAGUGGUGGAUCGUAAUCUACAAAGACCCCACACAAGCAACAUCACGCCGAUCUCCGUCACGAAGAGGCCUGUCAGACCUCGCACCAGCGAUGUCACGUCCCCGCGGCCGCUGCUCUGCAAACGCGGACAGCAGGCUUUUCAUCAAGAGCCAGAGUCAUCUCCCAGGUGCAACAACAUAAAGGAGUGCCUGGACCAGCGAAUGGCCGUGCACAUCAAAGAGUUGGAGCAACGCGCCAUUCGGGCUCUUGGCAAACGUCAAGAUGAAAAAAGGAUGAAAGAAAAACACGAGGAGCUCGAGGAGCGCCGGCAACGAUUGCACCGAUUGCGAGAGCAUUCGGACUUCCUCAUGAAACAAAUGGAGGACAAAGAGAUCCGAAGAAAAGCUGAAGCAGCUGAACGAGAGAGUGUCGUUACAGCUUCCACCCAUUCCACACCACGCAAGCCACGAAAGGCUGGUGUUUCAGAGCACCGUCGAGACUUGUUGACCUCGCUUGAAAAGGAGGAUUGUGCAUCGCAGCUCACUGAAGAGUUGGCACAGGAUCAGCUGUUGGCAGGUCGUCCCCGUCCAGCCGUGCUGCUCGGGCGUUUGAAGGCGCGGGAGGAGUUGCGCGACUGCCUCCACACUCAGAUCGAGGUCAAGAGGAAACAGCGGCAAGAACAGGAACGAGAGCGCUUGGAGAUGGAGGUGAGUCUUUUGCAGCAGGAAUCCCACUUUAUGGAGCUCGAGUGCAGUAUGCAAAAGGCGGCCAAGCGUGAGGAGCAAGAGUCGCUGAAAGAAGCUUGGAGCCAAGAAUGUAAGUUGCGUGAUGUCCACCGAAGAAUAGAGGCUCUGGAAGAUGGCCGCGUACCAAAGGCCGCUUCUCGACUCGUCCACGUUUGAUCGCCAGAGGCGCCACUCUGAGCGUGAGCUGGGUUGGUCUUGGCGUGGCUUUGGCCUCAAGAAUCACAUACUGGUACUUUCUGGUACUUUCUGG